AUGCGCACGUUCAGCGCUGCACAUGUUGUAACCUCUUUCCCCCACCCCCUCCCUGUGCCAUGCGUGCAUACAUGGCAUAACCCUUUCCCACACCCCCUCCCUGUGCCACGCAUGAAUGCAUGUGUGCAUCACUGCACAUGGCAUAACCCCUUCUCUGCACCCCCUUCCUCUGACAUGUGUGCAUGUAUGCAUGCAGCGCUGCACAUGGCAGCAGCCAAUGGCCACACAGAGAUCGCUCGCCUGCUCAUCCAACGAGGGGCUGUGAGUGUCUUCCCUUCCACUGCCCCCUCCUCCUUGGCCCUCCCCCCUUGGCCCUCCCCCCUUGGCCCACCCCACCCCCCCAAUACCCACUUCCCUGCUGAUCCGACAAGGCUCUGUGAGCUCCCCUUGCUGCGCUGCUCCCCCCGGCUGCCCACCAAUCCUGCUGCAAUGGCUGCUAAUGCCCCUCCCUCCCUGCUGUCCCUUCCUUCUGCCUCUAAUCCAUGUGAGCCGCGUGCCCCUCCCGUCUAUGCUCCUUCCCAUCCCACGCUGUACCCUGUACACCAUGCGCCCCUUGCUCGUGCAACCCUUGAACCUGGUUCCCUUGUCUCUCAGCCAGUGAAUGCAGUGAACCGGCAGGGCAACACACCGCUGCACUGGGCGGCUGUCAAUGGCAGGGACUCGAUGGUGCAUUUGCUCAUCGCUGCUGGAGCCAACCCCUCCGCCCUCAACAGCCACGAGCGCACGCCAGUGGAUGAGGCGAUUCACAGCAACAACCAGCUCACCCUAGACGCCAUCAACACUGCCGUUGCCACGCGGGAUGCUGCGAGCUUGACUGUCGCGGGCAGCCACGGCGACGACACAGGGGGCGAUGGCGAUGGGGGAGAUGAAGCCACGAAUAUCAUGGCGUGA